AUCUUCUCGCUUUUUCUUUACCUUUCUUUUUGCCUUUCUUUUGGGUUGUGCGAAAACACAUUCGACUUUCUUUGUCGCCAAACAUAAUUACCAUCAUCAUCUCCAGAUCCACCGCCUGAGUCCGACCAUCGAUCUCCGGCAAGGUCCAUAUUUUCCGAUCAAUCACAGGUUUUUGUUGUUGGAGAGCAAUGAGUGAGGUAUUCGAAGGAUACGAACGCCAAUACUGUGAGCUCUCGGCAAAUUUGUCUAAAAAGUGCACCUCAGCCAGUCUUCUUGAUGGAGAGCAAAAGAAACAAAAAGUUACUGAAAUCAAAGUUGGACUGGAUGAAGCGGAAUCUUUGAUCCGCAAAAUGGACCUUGAGGCAAGAAGUUUGCAGCCAAAUGUAAAGGCUGUGCUGCUUGCCAAGUUAAGGGAAUAUAAAUCUGAUCUGAACAACUUGAAAGCUGAAGUCAAACGAAUUACGUCAACUAGCUUAAACCCGUCUGCACGGGAUGACUUGUUGGAAUCUGGAAUGGCUGAUGCACUAACGGUAUCAGCUGAUCAAAGGGGGAGAUUGUUAAUGUCUACUGAAAGAUUAAACAAGUCCAGUGACAGGGUUAGGGAAAGUAGAAGGACCAUGCUGGAGACAGAGGAGCUUGGUGUUUCAAUUCUUCAAGAUUUGCAUCAACAGCGGCAGUCUCUCUUACAUGCCAAUAACACGCUUCAUGGAGUGGAUGAUAACGUUGGCAGGAGUAAGAAAAUCUUAACCAACAUGUCAAGAAGGAUGAGCAGGAACAAGUGGAUUAUUGGUGGCAUUAUUGCAGUCCUUGUUAUUGCUAUUGCGUUGAUCUUGUACUUCAAACUCGCCAAAUAGCCAGCUAGUCCUUUUUGGUUGGGUUUGUGGGUGUUUUGGAUGAACAAGAGUGUGUGCUAUUCUUCUCUUUCUUGAUUUUUUUUUGGGUGCAUUUCUGCAAGUUUGUCCGGGUGACUUUUGACAUUCAUUUGAUCAAUUAUAAGCUAUUGUGCCUCGUGUCUGUUUUACCUGCACUCUGGCAUUUUCUUGC